ACUCAUCCCUAUCCCUAAUGUUCUUUCAGACGACAGAUUUCCCUGCUCUCUCCUUGAUAUGUCUGCAUAUUUCCUGUCUCUUUCAGCCCCGUGAGCCAGCGGAUGAUUGGUCGGAGCAUAUCAGUUCAUCUGGCAAGAAGUACUACUAUAACUGUAGGACAGAGGUCUCUCAGUGGGAGAAACCUAAAGAAUGGCUGGAGAGAGAACAAAGGCAGAGAGAAGGUGCCAAGACUGUGGUUAACAGCUUUCCCAAAGACAGAGACUACAGACAAGAGGCGAUGCAGGCCAGUGCCACAAGUGCCCUCAGUAGUACAAAAUCUACUUUAGCGGAGAAGCCAUUAUCAAACUCUGGUUAUUCUCAGCCUUUGUCCAUAAACCCCUCCAGCACAUCCAGCUCCUCCUCGUCCUCCACAGUGCCUGUGUCUCCUGCCCUGCAAGCUUCAGCCUCCACUCUGCUCCAGGACCCAGCACUCCUUCGGCAGCUGCUGCCUGCGCUCCAGGCCACCCUGCAGAUGAAUCAUGGCAAUGUAGACAUGGGCAAAAUUAAUGAAGUCCUCACAGCCGCUGUCACACAAGCUUCCUUACAGUCUAUGCUUCAUAAGCUUCUCACUGCUGGACCGUCCGCUUUCAACGUCACUACUCUGCUUUCCCAAGCUGCUCAGCUUUCCACACAAGCUCAACAGUCCGGUCAGUCACCCAUG